AUGACUGAGAUUUUCACCAUCAAAAGAGUGGACAGCUCGCCCAGCCUCAACCUCCAUCCAGUCCAGGGCAAAGUCCAUCUGCCUAACAAAUGGGGAUAUCCUCUUCACCACAGUGUGGGCCACACCAAGAACCACACUUGGCUGCGACCGCAUUAUCUUGGAUAUCACAGCUCGGGCAGCAAGUGGGAUGCUGGGAAUCCUGCCAGCAAUCCCUCCACCGUGGCAAUUAUGCCAGUGCCUGAAGAUGUGCCACUGACAGCUUUUACUCUGGAGCUCAACCACGCUCUCAGCGCUGUGGGUCCUGCUUUGCUGCUCACCAGUGAUAACAUCAAACAGCGACUUGGUGCUGCUGCACUGGACAGUAUCCAUGAAUACAGACUAACCAGCUGGCUGGGACAACAGGAAGACAUCCACCGCAUUGUGCUCUAUCAGGCAGACAGCACCCUUACGCCCUGGACCCAGCGCUGCAUCCGGCAGGCUGACUGCAUCCUGAUUGUGGGGCUGGGAGACCAGGAGCCAACUGUUGGAGAGCUGGAAAGGAUGCUGGAGAACACUGCAGUCCGAGGCCAGAAGCAACUGAUCCUGAUUCAUAAGGAGGAUGGGCCUCUCCCUUCCCGAACUGUGGAAUGGCUCAACAUGCGGAGCUGGUGUUCUGUCCAUCUUCAUCUCCAUUGUCCACAUAGAGUCUUUUCCAGAAGAAGCCUGACCAAGCUGAUAAAGACGUACUAACGCAUAUGCCAGAAACCUCCUGACCAUCACUCCGACUUUUCCCACCUGGCUCGUGUUCUGACUGGGAAUGCCAUUGCACUGGUGCUUGGUGGUGGAGGAGCAAGGGGCUGCUCCCAAGUGGGAGUGUUCAGAGCACUGACUGAAGCUGGCAUCCCUGUGGAUAUGAUCGGAGGAACAUCUACUGAUGCCUUCAUGAGUGCCUUGUACGCCAAAGAGCGUAGCUAUAAUCAGAUGAGGAUCAAAGCCAGGCAGUGGGCCAUGGUUAUGAACUCCGUGUUUAAGACUAUUCUGGACUUGACGUAUCCAAUAACCUCUAUGUUUUCAGGAGCAUCUUUUAACAACAGCAUCAACAAUAUCUUCAAAUAUAAGCAGAUAAAGGACCUGUGGAUUCCUUACUUUGCCAUCACAACGGACAUCACAGCCUCAGCAAUGCGGGUCCACACAGAUGGCUCUCUGUGGAGAUACAUCUGUGCCAGCAUGUCCCUCUCUGGGUAUAUGCCUCCUUUCUGUGACCCGAAGGAUGGGCACCUCUUGAUGGAUUGAGGCUACAUCAACAACAUCCCAGCUCAUGUUGCACGGUCCACAGGUGCAAAGGUGGUGAUUGCCAUUGAUGUGGGGAGCCGGGAUGAGACUGACUUCACCAACUAUGGUGACUGCUUGUCUGGCUGGUGGCUGCUCUGGAAGAGGUGGAAUCCACUGGCUGAGAAAGUCAAGGUGCUGAACAUGGCCGAGAUCCAGACACGCCUGGCGUACGUGUGCUGCAUGUGGCAGCUGGAGACGGUGAAAAACAGCGACUACUGCGAGUACAUCCGCCCGCCCAUCAACCGCUACGGCACGCUGGACUUCGGCAAGUUCGAUGAGAUCUGUGAGGUGGGAUAUCAGCACGGGAAAACUGUGUUUAAUGUCUGGUGCAGGAGUGGAGUCCUUGACAAGAUGCUGAGAGACAGGCAAGAGACUCGCAAAACCAAAACUAAUAACGAGACCUGUCCCACCACCUCCUUCACAGACCUGGCAGAAAUCGUGUCCCGGAUCGAGCUCAUGAAGGCACCGGUGGCAGAUGGUGAGUCAGAUUACCAGACUGAGUACGAGGAGGAAGUUCUGGACACCCAGAAGGAUGAUGCGUCAAAAAGAGCGUGA